UUCACAGAGAAGGUAAUGACAAGCCAGAUUCGGGUUCUUUUGUUGCAUACAGUGCCCUUCCUAGUAAUUAGGACACACAAAAUCACUCAGUUCUUUCUCCUGAGAGAGGCAGUAUCUCUUCAGGACCCUCAUUUGUCUGUAACUUUCAGACACUUAACCGGAGAGGUUUGCCUGAGCGAGCCCAGACUGAACGCUAGAGCAGCCUCUUGUCUGUUUUUGACAUUUAUCAGCUUGCUUGCGGAGCGGAGACGCACACACUUCUUGCGUCGCUGGCAAAUCCCACAGUGCUUGCGGAAAUAUUUGGCCUCACAAAACCGCCUGAAACCAGUGGUAUCAGCCAUGAGACUAAUUCUGAUCCUGGCGUUUUCACUAUUCGUUUGCCUGACCUUCAGCCUUGCGACAGAUCAGGGACGACCCCAUGCACAAGGUAGAAAACGAGGUGUUGGACCAAAAAGAGCGAGGAAACAGACUUCUUCUCAACAUGCUGGAACGCCGGAAAGGAACGUACAGGUUGGAUCCAUAAACAUUAAGUCUUACAAAAACACAAAGGAGCCACAGCUAACUUACGAUGUGAUGCCAGGAAAGUCAGAGCAUUGUGUUUUUAGGGGCAUCACAAUGUUCGAUAAAACCGUGUGGUCGCCUAAACCCUGUGUGACUUGCCUGUGCUCCAGUGGAGAGGUCGUCUGUGACCAAAUAAAGUGUCCUGCCCUGCAGUGCCAACUUAAAUUUCAACCAAUGGGAGAGUGCUGUCCAAUUUGCAUACAACCAGUUGUAGACGUUCCCGAGUUUUCCGGUGACUCUCCCAUUCCUGAUAACAGAAUUUUACGAACCAAGCCAAACAGGAAAGAAAGCCAGGAGAAGGAGCGUAUUCGCAAAAAAGAUGCUGAGCGCAAGCGAAGGAAGAAGGAGAAAAAAGAGGAAGCCGAGAGACGUAAGAAGUUAAAGGAGGAGAAGGCUGCCAGAGAUAAAGAAGAGGCGCAACGAAGACUGCGAGAAGAAGCGGAGGAAAAAGCAGCAGCUGAGGAGCGGAAGAGAAGGAUGGAGGAACAGCGGAGGAGUGAAGAGGAGAGAGCUCGUAAGAUGGAGAUGGAGCAGAGGGAGAUGAUGCGCGCACUGGAGGAAGCAGCCGAACGUACCCAAGAAGGGCUUAGAGGAGAUGAAGCUGCUGAGGAAGAGGAAGUCGUCUGGUUAAGGGGGGAUGUCUUCCAAAUGCCAUCAGCGCAGCCCACAGCAGCAUCAGGCCCACUUCCUUUCCCACCCCUCCAGGAACCAACUGAACCAGGGGAGGAGGAACCUGAAGCAGAUGAGGAAUUUGAACGGGCCGAGGAGGUACCCGUGAGGGUUACCACCUUGCUACCUCCGGGUUGUACGAUCUCUGAUGUCAUCAUCACUUGCGAGAAUGCUAAAUUGACAGGCAUACCGCCACUGUCUAUCCCCGAACUCAAAUCACUCAAUCUGCAGGGCAAUGAAAUCAAAACCAUUCCUGCUGGAGCGUUCAAUGGCAUUCCCAACCUAGAGUGGAUCGACUUGGGGAAAAACAAGAUCUCAUCAUCUGGAAUCGACCCACAAACAUUUAAAGGUCUUAAAUUCCUGACUCGCUUGUACAUGGAUGGAAACCUACUGGAACAGAUUCCCAACGAGCUACCGCCAACACUCCAGGAGCUGAAGAUAAACGAGAACAAUCUAAAGGAAAUCGAAGAAAACAGCUUUGAAGGUCUUAGUAGUCUGGUUACGUUGGAAAUGGAAGGAAACUUGCUCAGCGAAGGAAAUGUGAAUCCGCUUGCCUUUAGGCCUCUUAAAGAGCUGAGUUACCUACGACUGAGCCGUAACCAUUUCCGUACCAUUCCUCAGGGCUUACCUGCAUCUCUACAGGAGCUGUACAUGGAAAACAACCUCAUUGAAGAAAUCUCUGAAACAGUGUUUAACAACAGCAUGAACAUCAACGUUGUUGUGCUACGACACAAUAAACUAGACGAGUCAAGGAUCGCACCAUUAGCCUGGAUCAAUCACAGGAAUCUGGAAUCUAUAGAUCUCUCCCACAACAACUUCUAUCUGGUUCCAUCUUUCUUGCCCAAGUCAUUGGUUCAUCUGGUGCUGGUUGGAAAUCAGAUUGAACGCAUUCCAGGAUACGUGUUUGCACACAUGGAGCCCGGCCUGGAGUACCUCUACCUCUCCUACAACAAACUGGAUGGUGAAGCCAUUGAACCUGAGUCAUUCUUUGGGUCUUUUAACACUAUGACCGAGCUUUGUCUAGACCAUAAUCAGCUCACGGCUAUUCCUGUCGGAAUAAAUGAGAUGACAACGCUACACUUCUUACGACUCGACAGCAACAAAAUAAGGCAUAUUUCAGAAGAUGCAAUCUGCGACCCAUUGAACGAAGAAGAUUCCCAUCUAGUCGCCCUUCGACUUGAGAACAACUUCCUUGACCAGCGGAAAAUUCCACCUACUGCUUUCUCCUGCGUCCGGUCUUAUUCCAGUGUGGUUUUGAAGCCUCAGAAGAUUAAGUAGUGACUAACUAGUGCUGAUUAUAUAAAGCAUCAAAGGCUGACAACGAAACACUAAUUCGAUUCUGGUCAAAUGUGCAGCUAUCAACACAAAUUGAACUGAUUUACACCCACCUAAAGGAUUAUUAGGAACACCAUACUAAUACUGUGUUUGACCCCCUUUUGCCUUCAGAACUGCCUUGAUUCUACGUGGCAUUGACUCAACAAGGUGCUGAAAGCAUUCUUUAGAAAUGUUGGCCAAUAUUGAUAGGAUAGCAUCUUGCAGUUGAUGGAGAUUUGUGGGAUGCAUAUCCAGGGCACGAAGCUCCCAUUCCACCACAUCCCAAAGAUGCUCUAUUGGGUUGAGAUCUGGUGACUGUGGGGGCCAUUUUAGUACAGUGGACUCAUUGUCAUGUUCAAGAAACCAAUUUGAAAUGAUUCGAGCUUUGUGACAUAGUGCAUUAUCCUGCUGGAAGUAGCCAUCAGAGGAUGUGUACAUGGUGGUCAUAAAGAGAUGGACAUGGUCAGAAACAAUGCUCAGGUAGGCUGUGGCAUUUAAACGAUGCCCAAUUGGCACUAAGGGGCCUAAAGUGUGCCAAGAAAACAUCCCCCACACCAUUGCAUUUAUGAGAAAUUGAACAGGUGUUCCUAAUAAUCCUUUAGGUGAGUGUACAUCCAAAAGAGAAUAUUCUUGCUUUGAAUCCGGCAUCUUAUAUUAGAUUUUAUUUACAUCCAGCCUGUUUAUUAGCUUUUGUGAGCGUACAUGUUUAAGAUAUGAUAAGGCAAGAUCACCGCUCAGGGGAUCGUAGCAGUUCGGUCGAUGUUAACACAUGUCUGAACACGAUUUUGUUGGUGUCUUAAGGGGAUGCAUGGAUAUCAAGUGUAUAAUAUUUCGAGAGAAAAGUAACAGACUUUAACUUUGUAAUCUUUAUCAAGAUGUAUCUUAUUCGUUUUAUAACAGUAUUAAAUUUGAUAUGUCUGUCUGUA